AUGGAUAAUCAAUCAAUCAUGUCCCAAGGGUUUGAAGAGAAAGAGAAUCAUCAUCAACAUCCAAAUUUCCAUCUUGUAGAUGCUGGAAGAACUGAUGGAUUGAAAAACACUUCAUUAAACGUGUUGAACUCUAAGAAAUCACAUAAAACACAAAUUCAAAAACAAUUCCAACAGUUUAAUCAACAAAGACAAUCUGUUAGACCUCCUCCUCAUCAACAAACUUAUCAUCAGGGUCCUUACCAACAAUAUAAUCAACCUCAACAGCAACAAACACAGUAUGGAAACGGUCCUUAUGCUCAACAACAAUAUUUCAAUUCUAUGCCGCCUCCUUCAAUUAGAGGUGUUCCACCUCCAGGUGCCAGAUCUAAUCAAUCUCUUAAUUCAAUAGCAUCUUCAAAUUAUGGCUCUUCAAAUCAUAUUCCUUCAAUGCUACCACAAGGUGAAUGGUAUUCUUCAAGUGCUAGAGUAUCACCAAACAAAUCUCCCUCAUUAAGAUUAAGUUCAUUAUCUUCAAAUACUCAAUUUCAACCAAUACAAUCAGAUUUCAAGAAUACAUCACCUGUAUUGAGUCAAAGUGGAUGGGAAACACCAUUUCACGAGGAAAAACUAAAAGAAUUAGAGGAUGCAAAUGAAAAAUUAUCAAGAGAAAAUGAAGAAUUAAGAAGAAUGAAUGAAGCUAAAUAUCGUGUUGUUAAUCAAGAGAAUGAUCAAUUACAAUCAAAUUUGGAUUCUGUACAAUUAGAAUUACAUAAAUUAAAAUUAGAGCAUAAUAGUGUCAAAGAAACUCACAAGAUGGAAUUGAAAAAAUUAAGAGAAAAAAAUUGUAAACUAGAAAAUGAUUUAGAUAAUUUAACAAAUUUAGCUGAAAAAUCAAAUGAAACUACACCAAAUGGUUCACCAAGAACCACAAUAUCUAAAAAUUCAGAUUUAGAUUCAUCAUCAAGUCCAAAUUUAAUGCAGUCAUUACCAGAAACCAGUAAAACUUUACAACAAGCUCAAUCAAAUAUAGAGAAUAAUGAUUUAAUUCAAGAUCUUAUGGAAACUAUAAAAUAUCUUAAAGCAGAUAAUAAUAUCUUGUUAAAUCAAUAUGAACAGCUCACGAAUCAAGUUAUCAAAGAUAAGAAAUUAAUCAAUAGAUUAUCAAACGUUUCAAGAUAUCAAACCAAAAUACGGAAAGGUUUUAACAUCUUGGAAAAUGUUGAUACUUUUAUAUAG